CCCACUCCCCUUCCCAGGGCACAGACACCAGCCAGCAUUUGCUUCUAACAAUGAGAUUUCACUCGCUCCUGCUGCUCUUUCUGCUUACUGUAUGGGCCUGGGCCCUAGACGGGGAGGAGGGAAGGGAAGAGGAGGCCAAGGCUCCGGAAGAGGCCACCCCAGGACCCCUCUCUGAUGAACUUCUGGAGGAGGACGACAUCUUGGUCCUCACUCAACACAACUUUGGUCGGGCUCUACGAGAACACCGCUACCUGCUGGUGGAGUUCUAUGCUCCCUGGUGUGGGCACUGCAGGGCUCUGGCCCCUGAGUAUGCAAAGGCGGCAUCCCUGUUGAAGAAUGAAUCUUCAGAGCUGAAGCUGGCCAAGGUGGAUGGCCCUGCAGAAAAGGAGCUGGUGGAAGAGUUUGGGGUGACUGGGUACCCCGUCCUCAAGUUCUUCCAAGAUGGAGACAGAUCCCAGGCUGUGGAGUUUACAGGCCCACGGAAGGCCGAGGGCAUUGUUCAUUGGCUAAAGCGACGUUUAGGUCCUGCUGCUACUCAACUGGAGACUGAGGCUGAAGCCGCACAACUCAUUGAUUCACAGGACAUUGUUAUUAUUGGGUUCUUCAAGGACCUCCAGGAUGAAGAUGUGGCUGGGUUUUUGGCCGUUGCAAAGGAUGCUUUUGAUCUGACCUUUGGCUUCACUGACCGACCAGAGCUCUUCCAGAAAUUUGGCCUGAGCAAGGACACGGUGGUCCUCUUCAAGAAGUUUGAUGAGGGGCGUGCAGAUUUUCCAGUGGAUGAGGAGCUAGGAUUGGACCAAGCAGAUCUCUCCCGUUUCCUUGUUGUACACAGCAUGCACCUGGUCACAGAAUACAACCGUGAGACAUCCUCCAAGAUCUUUGGGUCCAGGAUCCUCAACCAUCUCCUGCUCUUCAUCAACCAGACACUUACCCCACACAAGAAGCUUCUGACCGGUUUCCGGGAGGCUGCCCCUCCUUUCAGGGGAGAAAUCUUGUUUGUGGUGGUGGAUGUGGCUGCAGAGAAUGACCGUGUGCUGCAGUUCUUUGGCAUGAAUGCCACAGAUGCCCCAACUCUGCGCUUUAUCAAUAUUGAGACCAUCAAGAAGUAUGUGCCCAACACUGAGGAGAUCACAGCUGCUUCUGUCACCACCUUCUGCCAAGACAUCCUUGGUGGCAAAAUCAAGCCUCAUCUCCGGAGUCAGGAGAUCCCAGCAGACUGGGACCAGAAACCUGUCAAGGUUCUUGUAGGGAAGAAUUUUGAACAAGUAGCCUUUGAUGAGUCGAAGAACGUGUUUGUGAAGUUCUUUGCCCCAGGGUGUGCACACUGUAAGGAGAUGGCCCAGACCUGGGAGGACCUAGCAGAGAAAUACAAGGACCAUGAGGACAUCAUCAUUGCUGAACUUGACUCCACAGCCAAUGAGCUGGAGGCCUUUACCAUCCGGGGCUUCCCCACCCUUAAAUAUUUCCCAGCUGGCCCAGAGCGUAAGGUGAUUGAGUAUACGAGUGCCAGAGACUUGGAGACCUUCUCCAAAUUCUUAGACAGUGGUGGUGUCCUGCCGGAGCCAGAGGAACCUGAGGUCCCUAUCCUGGAGGUUGGAACCAACAACAGCAAAGGACACAAAGAUGAAUUGUAGUUGGCCUGUUCCCUAUCCUCAGCCACUCAUCCCGGAGGUCCUGGAGAAUUCAGAACUUUUCAAUUAAAUCACCUUGGCCCUUGA